UAUAUGAAAAGUUGAAUCUCAUUCUUAAGCGUCAAAGCUAGCUAGCUAGACAUGUUCUUCUCUAGGCUACUUCUUUCUUCUCUCACUUUCUUUGGCCUUUUGAUUUUGGCUUUUGGAGCUACUUUACCUGAUGAUGAAGUGGAAGCUCUACGUGGCAUCGCCAACACACUAGGGAAGAACGACUGGGAUUUUAACGUUGAUCCGUGCUCCGGCAAACCGGGAUGGACAGAUCCAGCACAGGAGUUGACUGGGAUAGAAAAUAAUGUGACCUGUGAUUGUUCCUACUCCAACGGCACCAUCUGCCAUGUGAUUACAAUAGUUCUCAAGUCACAGAAUCUCCAAGGCACUCUCCCUACUGAUUUGGGCAAGCUUCAGUUCCUCCAACUAAUUGACCUCACUCGAAACUACCUUAACGGUACAAUCCCUCCAGAAUGGGGUUCCAUGCAACUGCGCUACAUCUCUCUCCUUGGAAACAGGUUAUCAGGCCCAAUCCCAAGAGAACUAGGGAACAUCACUACUCUUUUAGAAUUAGUGAUCGAGUUCAAUCAAUUUUCAGGAGAAUUGCCUCAAGAGCUUGGAAAUUUAGGCAGCAUAAGGAGAUUAUUGUUUACCUCCAAUAAUUUUACUGGGAAAUUGCCUGCCACAUUCGCAAAGCUGACCACAUUAAUAGACUUUCGAAUUGGUGACAACAAGUUCACAGGCCAAAUUCCUGAUCUUAUUCAAAACUGGACUAAUCUACAAAAACUAGUAAUUCAGGGGAGUGGUUUAAGUGGACCGGUUCCAUCUGGUAUUAGUCUUUUGGCAAACAUAACUGAUCUGAGAAUCAGUGACUUGAGUAAUGGAACUGAAACACCAUUUCCAGCCUUGAGUAGUAUGAAAAACCUUAAAACGCUAAUAUUGAGGAGUUGCAAUAUUGUUGGACAGCUGCCUUUAUAUCUUGGGGGAAUGACCAACUUAAGAACCUUAGACCUCAGCUUUAACAAACUAACUGGAGGAAUCCCAAGUGACUUUUCUAAUAUACAAAAAGCAGAUUAUAUAUACUUAACUGGAAAUCGACUUAAUGGAACAGUACCUGACUGGAUACUUCAAAAAGGAAAUAAUAUUGACCUUUCAUACAAUAAUUUCAUAGAUCAAAGUACAUGUCAACAACGGAGCAUAAACUUAUUUGGGAGCUCCUCGAUGGAAAAUGCAACGGAAAUUGUUUCAUGCCUAAGAAGUCAUCGUUGUCCAAAAAAUUUCUAUUCCUUCCAUAUAAAUUGUGGUGGGAAGGAAGCUGUUAUUAAUAGAAACACGUAUGAAGAAGAUGUAGACUCAGGAGGGCCUUCAAGAUUCUACCAGAGUAGAACUAACUGGGCAUUUAGCAGCACUGGACAUUUCUUGGACGAUGAUCGCCCAACAGAUUCGUACACCUGGACAAACACAACUAAACUCUCUUCAGGCAUUUCUGCACUAUACACGGAUGCACGCCUUUCUCCGCUCUCUUUAACUUAUUAUGGCUUCUGUAUGGGAAAUGGGAAUUACACAGUUGACCUCCACUUUGCAGAAAUAAUAUUUACUGCUGACAACACAUAUAGCAGCCUUGGUAGGCGCAUGUUUGAUAUUUACAUUCAGGGAAAACUUGUGGGGAAGGAUUUCAAUAUUGCAGAUGAUGCAGGUGGGGUUGGUAAGGCAAUUAUCAAAAAAUUUACAGCCAUUGUGACAAAUCAUACAUUAGAGAUACGCUUUUAUUGGGAUGGGAAAGGGACAACUGGUAUUCCACUUAGAGGAAUAUAUGGUCCUCUUAUAUCAGCCAUCUCUGUCACUCCUAAUUUUGAACCUCCUUCAGAGAAUAGCAGCAGUAGUGUAUCUACAGGUACUGUGGCUGGAAUUGUUAUUGUUGUAGUAGUUGUUGUCUUCCUGGUUUUGGGUGUUCUCUGGUGGAAAGGCUGUCUGGGACAAAAAGAUACAGUGGAUCAAGCUCUAAAGGGCCUAGACUUACAAACAGGCUCAUUUACCUUGAAGCAAAUCAAAGCUGCAACACACAACUUUAAUCUUGACAAUAAAAUUGGAGAAGGUGGUUUUGGUUCUGUUUACAAGGGCCUUCUUUCAGAUGGCACCAUAAUUGCCGUGAAGCAGCUUUCGUCAAAAUCUAAGCAAGGAAAUCGUGAGUUUGUGAAUGAGAUUGGCAUGAUUUCUGCUUUGCAGCACCCUCAUCUUGUAAAGCUCUACGGAUGUUGUAUUGAGGAAAAUCAAUUGUUGCUAGUAUAUGAGUACAUGGAAAAUAACAGCCUUGCUCGCGCUUUGUUUGGUCCUGAAGAAUGCCAGUUGGAUUUAGACUGGCCUACUAGACACAAGAUCUGUGUUGGAAUAGCUAGAGGUUUGGCUUUUCUCCAUGAAGAAUCAAGAUUGAAGAUAGUACAUAGAGAUAUCAAAGCCACUAAUGUGCUGUUAGAUAAGAAUUUAAAUCCCAAAAUAUCUGAUUUUGGUUUGGCCAAGCUUGACGAAGAAGAGAACACCCAUAUAAGCACCCGGGUUGCUGGAACCUUUGGAUACAUGGCACCUGAAUACGCAAUGCGAGGUCAUUUAACUGAUAAAGCGGAUGUGUAUAGUUUUGGAAUUGUUGCCUUGGAAAUUGUUAGUGGAAGGAGCAACACUAGUUACCGACUGAACUUGAAGGAAAACUGUGUUUAUCUUCUUGAUUGGGCACUUGUUUUAAAAGAGAAAGGGAGUCUAUUAGAGCUAGUAGAUCCUAGAAUGGGGACCAACUACAACAAAGCAGAGGUGAUGACUGUAAUCAAUGUGGCUCUCCAAUGUGCCAGUGUUUCUCCAGGAGUUAGGCCUGCAAUGUCUUCAGUUGUGAGUAUGCUUGAAGGAAAGACUGUUGUUCAAGAUUUCACUCAGGAAAUAAGUUCUUCAUUUGAUGAAAUGAAGGAUGAAGCAAUGAGUAAACACUUCCAACACAGCAUUGAGCAUAAGACAAGUGAAAGUCAGAUCCAGAGCAUGUCACUGGAUGGGCCUUGGGUAGCUUCUUCUACGUCUGAACAAGAUCUCUAUCCGGUCACUUUGGAUUCUAAUUACUGGGAGAAUAGGAAUUAGUUAAAUAGUAACAAUUAUCAACUGUCUACAAGUCUUAAACCUUAAACAUUUAAAUGUCAACAGUAAUUUCUUUCCUUUUUUCUUUUUCUUUUUUGCUAUUUGUAGGGAUCUUCAUUGUGAUAAAGGAUUUUAUAGUCUAAUAAAAGUUAUACAGAAAAGCUUGUGCAUACCUAGGAAGCAAGCAUAUUUUGCAAUA